AGCCCUAGCCCGACCACAGCCAAAUGCCCUAAAGACGCUCUUAAGCUAGGAGUUUGCGCCAACGUGCUCAACGGCCUACUCAAUAUCACCCUUGGCAAGCCACCGGUCGAGCCAUGUUGCACCCUCAUCCAAGGACUCGCUGAUCUUGAGGCUGCAGCUUGUCUUUGCACCGCACUCAAGGCUAAUAUCCUCGGGAUCAACCUGAACAUUCCGAUCUCUCUCAGUCUGCUUCUCAAUGUUUGCAGCAAAAAAGUUCCCCCUGGUUUCCAAUGCUAAUCAAGAACCUAAUUAUACAUCACACACUUCAUGUAUCAAUAUAUACCAAACAAGAUGAUUUCUAAAUAAACUAUU